AUGAGUAUUAGAAUCAAACAAGCCCUAAAGUUAUCUACAGGUGUGGAAGAAUGGGGACUAAUUGAACUUCAGGGCGAACUUAUUGAUAAAACCGGUGGUUGCCUCGAUGGUAAAGUUGUCGGUGACCUGCACUUCACACUUCAGAAUGAACCGGUUUUCAUUAUCGGUCAUCACGUUCUUCGUGGAGAGGUCGUUGAACUUGCUAAACCACUGGCGGUUCUCCAACGGAGACAGGAUAUCACCGAGGCAGAAGUUGUAAUCACUGCUGUAAUUAGAAAGAAGCUUCUCUUUCGAUCCCGGCCUGACCCUAUUAUUUGGAAUCGAAAAUCGUGA